AUGGGCUACAUAAACAGAUUCAUACAUAGUAUAACGCGUACCCAACUAGAAACGACAAAAUUUGGUUUCUAUUUGCUCUCGCCAAUCUUGAUCAUGUACUAUGUUGGUUUAGACACGGAUAAGAAGUUUAAUUUGCCUGGGUUUUGGCCAGAUCCAGCCACUUUGAACCAAAUACCCAAGGAACCCCACGAGAUACAAGCUGAAGUGGCAAGGAUAAGAAAAGCUAGGGCUGAGAAGAGGGCUAGAUUGGAAGCCAAGGCCAAGGAGUUGGGUAUAACCGAGGAGGAUGCUGAUGAGAAAGAGUAG